AUGGCCAAACAGACCUUUCCCAGAGGUUUUGUCACCCCAAGACUUGUCUCCUGGCACGAUGUUACACACGAACCUCCUCCCGAGGGCCUUGUCGACCAACCGCCCGUCUCCUCUAUCCAGCAGUCCAUUCCACCUAUCGACCUAUCCAAGAACAAAGACGAAGAAUUGCAACAACAAAAGGAAGAAGCAUCGAAACAAGAGGCUGAGAGCUUGAAACAAGAGGCCGAAGCAUUGAAACAAGAGGCGGAGGCAUUGAAGAAGGAGGAGGAAGCAUUGAAAAAGGAAGAAGAAGCCCUCAAACAUGAAGCAGAGGCUGUGAAGCAGACCGAGAAGAAGCAGAAACAGGAAGAAGAAGCAAGGAAACAUAAGGAAGAAGAACAUGAACAGAAGCUACGGGACCAGUUUGCCCGGGAGUACGAGGCGGCUAAAAAGUGA